UUGGAUUUGCUAUUUCCACCCACGCAUUUCGGCAAAUUAGAGAAAUCACCUUUCAAUUUCCUUUCCCCUCUCUCUCUCUCUCUCUCUCUCUCUCUCUCUCUCUCGGCAUGAAAAAUCUUGUGUCAUUUUGGUUCCUUGACUCUUCAUCCUUAAAGUCAUUAUUAAUACUUUGGUGUCAAGCUGUAUUUAUCACUCGUAUCCAAUAGAAAUCAUUGAAUUAUGUACCGCAUCUCUCCUACUCGUACUCUUCUUCGAAACCCCUUUUUUGUUUUCCCCUCCCCAAUCCGUCUGCCGUUCAUUAAAAUCCAUAGUUUCUCAUGGACUCGCAAGAUAUUCCCGCCGGCAACAAGCCAUCUCCGGCGAGGAGAGAGCUCCAAGGCCCUCGUCCGGCUCCACUCAGGGUCAGCAAGGACUCUUACAAGAUCAAGAAGCCCCCGAUCAGCCCCGGUCUCUCCCACGCGCGGCGCCGCCCCCCGCACGGGCCGUCUGUAAUGGCGGAGCCCCCUCAGCCCAUGAUUAUCUACACCGUCUCGCCCAAAGUCAUCCACACCACCGUCAGCGAUUUCAUGCUCGUGGUGCAGCGCCUCACCGGAUCAUCGUCUUCGUCGACGUCGGCCGUCGCCGCCACCGAGGCUGUCUCUCCGGCCGCGAGGCUAGCGUCCAUAGAGAAGACGAGCCCGUCGGAGAGGGAAAAGGAGAGGGAUAGAGUAGGCGAUCUGAUGGGUCAAGUGGAAGGGGCUGAGAUGCGGCAGAUCCCGGGAAUUUUGUCGCCGGCGCCGGCGACUCUGCCGGUAAUAUCGCCGGCGUUGUUCUCGCCAGCGUCUGACCCAAAUACCCUGUCUUUUCUGCAUGAUCUAAGCCCUUUUUUUCCCGGUAGCAGUAGCUUCGUGCCUAGUCCUUCCGGCUUCCUUUCGGCCCCUUUAGUUUCCCCUUUUCCUUCACCUGAUCUCUUCAAUCCAUUUUUCGAUUUUUAGCAGAGUUUCCACCCGGAAGAAAGUGGAAGAAAGUGCGGGAAACGGUGGGAAAAUUCUUGCGUCUACUUCUCGGAAGAUUUUCCUAGAGAGAGAAAUACCAAGAGAUGAGGUGGAAAUUUAUUGUAGCAAUUUUUUUUUACAAUUUUAUUUGCAAGAAAAAGUUCUUGUAGUAGGUGAAGUUGCGUGUUCCAUAAAUCCGAUGACCAACGUAGGAGAAAUUGAACUUUUUUAUUUUUUUUUUUCAUAUAUAUUUCAGGAAUGUGGUUGGGUUUAGUUAAUCGGCCUUUAAUUUUUGCGGGCCAUGUGAUGUCUAUUUGAACCCACUUGUGCGUUGUAACUUUCCUAACAUUUAUUUCAUUUUCUUUCUUUUCAUUGGGUGGACUUGUAGCUAUCGGAGACUCGUCGUGUAAUUUUUAUAACAAAAUUUUUAUUUUUAUUUU